AUGAAGCUCUGGAUUCUUUUGCUGGCUGUUGCAGUCAGCACAGAAGAAAUGCCAAGACAGAGCAGCUGUGUUGAAAGAUAUCCUGGAAUUCCUGGGAACCCUGGACACAAUGGCGUGCCAGGACGAGAUGGACGAGAUGGACCAAAGGGCGAAAAAGGAGACACAGGUGACCCAGGAAAUCCAGGAAAGUCAGGCCGAGAUGGCAUCAAUGGAAAUAAAGGAGAACCAGGGGCUGACGGCAGAGUUGAAGAAAAAGGGAACAAAGGUGAUAAAGGAGAGCGAGGCUGGCCUGGGAAAUUUGGGCCAAAAGGAAUUCCUGGACCAGUAGGGGACAAAGGUCAACAGGGGGAGCUAGGACCACAGGGAAGGAAAGGGAUAAAAGGGGACCUUGGGCCAAUUGGCCCCGAAGGACAAAAAGGUGAAAUUGGAAUUCAAGGUGAAAUAGGAUUAAGGGGGCCCAUCGGUCCAAAAGGCCACGUGGGUCCUAAAGGAGAGAUAGGGGGGCCUGGACCAAAGGGCAGUAAAGGCAAUCAGGGAGAAAGGGGUUGGAAGGGAGCACAGGGAGAAAAAGGGAAUCUUGGCAGUACCCCAGUUAUUGCCAGAAGCGCUUUCAGUGUGGGCCUUACCGCUAAAUUUCCUCCACUCAAUGUUCCCAUCAAAUUUGAUAAAGUCUUAUACAACAGCUUCGACCAUUACAGCACCGAAACUGGAGUGUUCACCUGCCAGAUCCCUGGGGUCUAUUAUUUUACCUACCACAUUACUGUUUUUUCAAGGAAUAUGAGAGUAGCGCUAGUUAAAAACGAGCACAGGAUGCUCCACACUGCAGACAUGUAUCAAGGAGCUGAAGACCAGGCAUCUGGAGGAAUUGUCCUGGAACUUCAGAAAGGAGAUCGGAUAUGGCUUCAGUCUUAUGGAGGAGCGACUUUCAAUGGAUUGUUUGCAGAUCCAGAUGAUGACACUGUCUUCAGUGGCUUUCUUCUAUUUAGUACCUCAGAAGCACCAGCAUCUGCGUCCUCCAGCAUAUAA